CCACUCACUAAGAUAUAUGGCAUCUGUCAGACGUGCUUCCAAAAAAAAAAGGGUUCACACUGCUGCCAGUUCCGGCAAAUCAGUAAGGUCUGCUAUUAACCCUUCUCACUUAAGGCAGCCAUGAGGGACAGACUGAGUGAUCUACGGGCGCUUUCUGUGUCCAGAAGUAAUCUGGAAGUGCAGGAAUAUGCAAAGUCCGCCUCAGACUCAUUCAGCAAUGUGGAAUUGGAAGAUGGAUUCCAUCAGCAGGCCGUCGUUUUCGACAACAAUGAGAUGGACACUGUGUUUGAUGAGGCUCAAGAUAUAAGGCGCGAGAUUCAGCUCAUCCAUCUGGAUGUAAAGCGGCUCAGAGAACAAAACGCGCGCAUCCUUAGUGAACCAACUCGAACCAGCACAAUAAAGCGAGACUCCAAUGCCAUUGCUGCUGACAUUAAAUCCCGUGGAGAGGAUUUGGUCAAACGUCUUCGUGAGCUGGACUCUCAUGCCAAAGAGCUGGAAGAGGAGCAUGGUAUCAAUUCAGCCGUAGCCAGGAUUGCUCGAACGCAGUAUGCCGGCCUAAGUAACAGCUUCCGUAAUGUGAUGAUGGAAUACAACGAAGCAGAGAUGAACCACAAAGAAACAUGCAAAACGCAUAUCCAGAGGCAGAUGGAGAUCGUAGGGCGAGAGGUGACGGGUGAUGAGAUCGAGGAAAUGCUGGAGAACGGGCAGUGGAACAUCUUCAGUGAUAACAUUCUCACAGAGGGGAAAACAGCACGGUCCGCACUCAGCCAGAUCGAAAGCCGACACCGUGACUUGCUGGAGUUGGAGAACCGGCUCAAGAGCAUUCAUGAGGUGUUCCUGGAUGUGGCCAUGCUUGUGGAAGACCAAGGGCCCAUGAUAGACUACAUAUUCACCAACGUUCAGAAAACCGAUGCUAAACUCGAUGAAGUCCUGAUUAAACUUGACCAAGCUAAGAGACAUGAUAAAAACAAUCCAUUCAAGAAGAUGUUCUGUGGCUGCUUUCCAUGCUACAAGUAAUUGCUUC